AUGAUACUUCGUGCGUAUUCCUUGUCGUCUACAACAGAGGCUUUCAAUGCAGAAUGUGCCAAGUUGCGCUCUAUAUUUAGUCGCCUUGACUAUCCAAUAAGUGUUAUUGAUUCUGCUAUCAAAAAGUUUCUUUUUCUAAAUUCCUCAGCGUACAAAGCAGAAAGAAACAAUGAUGAUAGUAGCACAGUAAGAAUUAGUCUUCCUUUUAAAGAUCAAGUGGCCGCUAAUGCGGUUCAUAAGCGGUUACGCGAUCUUAGCCAUAAGAUUGGCCCUACUUUGCAACCAGUUUUCGUGAGCAAGAAAUUGGGGCAAGACCUCAGACCCAAAGUAAUCAAGCCGUCAAUUGUUAAUAAGCAGUGUGUUGUUUACAAUUUUUCAUGUGAUCUGUGCAAUGCAGAUUAUGUCGGGUAUACAGCCCGACACCUUCAUCAAUGCAUUGCUGAGCACAGAAAUUCAGCAAUCGGUAGACAUUUCUUAGAAGCUCAUGGUAACAACAACCUUUUGAGAGAAAGCCAAUUCACGGUGUUAAGAAAGUGCCAGAGCAAAUUUGAUUGCUUAGUAUUUGAAAUGCUCUUCAUCAAGAAACUUAAGCCCAAUUUAAAUAUUCAGACGGACUCCAUACGUGUGAAACUCUUUGUUUGA